UCCUUUCCUCCAUGUCCUCCUCCAUUGCCAUCCUUUAUCUUCCACGGGAAAAAAAAAAAAUCAUCAUCUCUCUGUCACUAGCUCUUAUGGCGGUUAUUUCACUUCACAUUUCCUUCAUCUUCUAAUUUCCAACUUCUCCAAUCCAACAACAACUCACUCACCAUGAAGCUCUCCCUCAAAUUCCACAACAACACUGAAAAUCAACAAACCCAAAUAAUGACAGCAAAACUACCAAUCACCAUUUUCAACCAUCCCUUACUUUCAACCAUCACCGCCACUGGUAACUCAUCUUCCGAUUUCUCAUUCUCACUCUCAACUAACUUCCCAACUGGUCCAGCAUUCAAACUCUCUUACACUCCCACCACCACCACCACCACCACCACCACACAAACCUCAUCUCUUCCCUUUUCUCUUUCCCUCAAAUCCGGUUUAGGCCUUUCCGGUUCACCUCGUAAUUCUCCUCUCGUCUUCUCUGCUAAUCUAUCACUCUCUACUCCUUCCUCUUCUGUCCCUCUUCUUCUUCCUUCUUUCUCUCUUCACUUUAAACCCCAAUUCGGUCAUUUCUCUCUCCAUAAAACCGUUCUCUCUGACACUAAUCUUAAUCCAAACCCUAACACUAACACCAAAACUGUUUCUGAUGAUAACCCUCUUUCUGUUUCGCCUCAAAUCGAAAAGGGUUUUGUUCCUUUUCAAGAUGGAUGUUCCUCCGGUUGGCAAAAUUUGAACUUGGAACCAUUUGGUCAUAGAGACGACAACAACAGCAACAACAACAAUAACGUUGUUGUUGGUGUAGUCCCAGAUGGUAAGAACAGUGAAAAUUGUGGUAUUUCUCCUUCUAUUGCAGUUAUGGCUAGAACUAUUCUACCUGUGACGCAAGGAUUAUUGUUGAAAUUUCGUUGGGGUGUGAAUUUUCCGGGGAAUAAGUCUGGUUUGAAAAUACCAUAUUUGACAGUGAAUAAAAUUGGAUUGGAGAGGAUUGAUGAAGUGCAAUUGGAUCAGUUGAACCGUGAGAAUCGCGAAGGUGAUUUGCAGAUGGUGAAGGAUUUAUGUUUAUGGGCAAAAGGUGAUUUGGAGAAGGUUGAGAAGGAAAAUAAGGAGAUGAAGAGAGUGUUGGAUGAAAUGAAAAUGAGAGUCUCUAGCGGUGAAGGGAAGCUUUUGAAUCAGAAGAAACAUCUUUCAGGCGAGAGCUUUCAAACUCAAACUCGGGGAAGCAAUAACAAUAGCAAUGACAGAAAAAAGAAUGAGAAAAAACAAUCAAACAAGCCGCAGAAUGUUGUAGUGGUGAGUGAUUUGGAAUCUGAAUUGGAAAAAGCUAUAAAAGCUGCUGCUGCUGCCGCUUCUUCUUAGCAUCGACUCAAAGGUCAUCGCUCGGCUUCUGUUUCUUGUUUAUUGUUAAAAAGUUAUAGAGAAUUAUAUGUAUUGUAGUUGAAGUAUAUAGUCAUUGAUUAGUUAAGUGUAAAUGUGUAACAAUCCGAAUAUAUAGUGCUUUGUAUUUGUAA